AUGACGGUGCCAAAUAUCCGUAUAUUCAAGCACGUUGCUGACCUCCGCAAAUUCCGGAAAGAUUGCUGGAUUAAGGAUUUGUCUGUUGGCUUUGUUCCUACAAUGGGAUACCUUCACGAGGGACAUCUCUCCCUCGUCCGCCAAUCGCUCGAGCAAAACGACGUUACACUGGUAUCCAUUUUCGUGAAUCCGUCGCAAUUUGCUCCACACGAAGAUUUAGAUGCCUAUCCACGGAACAUUGACCGCGACCUUCAACUUCUGGAGUCUGUCGUGUCCAAGGACAAGGCCCGACGGGUAGCCGGAGUUUUCACUCCGUCAGUGAGGGAGAUGUAUCCAAGCGGUAUUCCACUUGAGACCAGCCAGCAGAAAGGAGCAUUUGUGAGCGUGAGCGGAGUCUCCGAGCAACUCGAAGGCCGCGCUAGACCUCAGUUUUUCAGAGGUGUGGCUACCGUUGUGACUAAACUGUUCAAUAUCGUGGAGCCCACAAAUGCGUACUUUGGACAAAAAGACAUCCAGCAAUCUAUUGUUAUCAAAAGGAUGGUGUCAGACUUGCUGUUCAACGUCCAAAUCCAUGUCGUUGACACUGUGCGUGACAAGACGGGGUUGGCCCUCAGUUCAAGAAACUUCUAUUUGAGUGAUGAAGUGAGAAAACAGGCCACAUCGAAAACACGAUUGCUGGUGAAAACGCCAAGUUCGAAAUCGACUACGUCGCAUUCAACUACGCCGACACCCUUGAAUAUGUUCCUGACGAUGCCACCAUCGACAAGGGCCGCGAAUGCGUUCUGA